AAAAGAAGUUGUGGAAGACAGAGGAGGUGAUGGAGUGUUGGACGAAAGAAAUAUAGAAAUGGAUGACAAAGAGCUAGAAAGAAGUGAAGAAGCAGAAGAUAUCCAGCAUGAAGUGAGUGAAGAGGUGGAAGAAAGAGGGUUAAGAGAGGAAGAGAGCUCAGACAUUGAAAGAGAGUAGAGAGAGCUUGAAACGCCAGCACCCUGUUUGUCAGGUGUCCAUGGUAUGUUGUUCAUUGUGCUUUUCAAAUAUUUCUUUACAUAAAUAAAAAAUAAGCACAACCUAUUUGAUUUAUUUAACCUAUAAUCAUUUAAAGAACCAUAGCUCAAUGUAUGUUUAACCUUGCUUAUCGUGGUUACAGUCAGUGUUCUUUAUUAGAUAUUGUUGAGAUAUAUGCCUAAAAAAAAAAAACCUUUAGACAAAGGUUGCUGCAGUAGUAGCUGAAUGAUUAGGUGUUAAAUGUUUCAUACUGUAACAUUUAAAUAUAAGUGAUUUUUAUUUUACUUUACUAGGUAUAUCAAAAUUUAGGUCAGAAGGCCCGACCCAGCCAAAACUACAUACCUUCUGUCUGGAGGAGCUUCCGUGCUGAUUGGUACCAAACACAUCCAUGGCUUGAAUACUCACAGUCUAGAGAUGCCUGCUACUGUUUUGCAUGUAGACAUAUUUCUCUUCCUGAUGCUCCAAAGAGUGUUUUUACCUCCUUUGAGGGGUACAGUAAGUGGAAGAAGGCUACGUUUAAAGAUAGUGGGUUUUCUUCUCAUGCCAAAUCUGAGAACCAUGUAAACGCAAUGGUAGCAUGGGCAGAGAACAAAAAAAUGCAGGACAAAAAUACUUCGCUGUUGGGUGUCAUGGAUGAACAUUACCAGAAAAAGGUAACAAAGAAUCGAAAAUACAUCAAAACAUUGGCCGAAAUUCUUGUCCUAACUGCUUCUGAAAAUCUAGCCCAGCGGGGUCACAGAGAGUCUCCAGCCUCAGACAGACAAGGUGUUUUUCUGGCCAUGCUAGAUUUGUUGGGCAAACAUGAUCCCAUUGUUAAAAAGAGACUUGAACAGCAAACUAAAAAUGCUAAGUAUACAAGUAAAACCAUCCAGAAUGAAAUACUGUCUUGUCUGGCAGAAAUGGUGAACGAGGAAAUCAUGAAAGAAGUUAAAGAGAGUGUACAGUUUUCUGUGAUCGUAGAUGAGACUAAAGAUGUUCAGAAAAAAGAGCAAAUGUCAAUUGUUCUGAGAUACUAUUACAAUGGUCUGAUUUAUGAAAGCUUUCUAGAAUUUCAAGAGGCAUACAAGCUUGAUGCUGCUGGGUUAACUGAGAAAAUAAUUGGCUGUUUGGAAAAGUAUGGUUUGGAGUACAAGAAAAAUCUUGUAGGUCAGGGGUACGAUGGAGCUGCUGUAAUGAGUGGGGCCCAUUCAGGUGUCCAAGCGAGAAUAAAAGCAGUGGCCAAGCAUGCAUUUUAUGUGCAUUGCAGUGCACACAGUCUCAACCUGGUCAUAGUAGAUGCCGUCAAAAAUGUGCCAGACGCUGGGAAUUUCUUUUCUUUGUUGGAAAGACUUUAUGUGUUCUUGUCUGGAUCUUAUGUCCAUCAAAAAUGGCUUGAAGUACAGCGGAACAUGUAUGAUGGUGUAUCAGGGGAGCUCCAGCGACUCAGUGAUACACGCUGGGCUUGCAGACAUGUAGCAUGUCGCAAUGUCAUGGAUAGAUUGCCUGCUAUUUUGCAAGUGCUUGAAGAGCUCUCGGAUAAGAACAAUCCUCAAAGAGCCAUUGAAGCAAAAGGCAUAUUGGCCCAAAUUGAUGUCAGUUUUGUUGGAUGUCUUGUGCUCUUUCGAAAGGUGUUGAGUGACUCUAAUAUUUUGUCUGAGAUGCUCCAAUCUAAAUCUGUUGACCACUCUAAGGCUGUUGAACUCAUUGUCGCACUAAAAGAAACACUGACAAAUUAUCGCAGUGAGGCUUUUUUUGAAGACCUAUGGUCAGAAAUACUUAAUACGUGUGAAAAGAGUCACAUUUCAACAACAUUUCACACCCGAAAGCGGUCAAAACAGAUGGCUACAAAAUUUCAAGAUUCCAUCGUUACUUCCACACUUGGACAGCAUGUAGAACCAGACAGCAAGGAGACUUUUCGAGUCAAAGUGUUCUACCCAGUCUUGGACACCAUGAUUGGGGAAAUGGAAAGACGUUUUUCAGAUACCGAUUGCAACAUCAUGAAAGGCAUUCAGGCUUUAAAUCCGUCAAGCUGUAGUUUUUUAAGGGAGGAAGAGAUUGUCUCUUUGGCUAAUUCUUAUGAGUCAAGUGUUGAAGAUAUUAAACAUGAGCUUCACCAGGUAGGGAGAGUCCUAGUUAGACUUAAGAUGAAUGGAAAAGAAAGUCCUACUACUCUGAUGGAGUUUGCUCAUUUUCUGGAACCAUAUAAGCUUGUUUUCUUUGAGCUGUUCAGGUUGUGCAAAAUAGCUGUAGUGUUACCAGUUAGCAGCGCAACAUGUGAAAAGAGUUUUUCAGCUGUGAAGAUAAUCAAAAAAUUACCUAAGGUCUACAAUGGCAGAGAGUAGAUUGUCGAGUUUGGCUAUUCUCAGCAUUGAAUCAAAACGCACCAAGGCCUUGAAUUUAGAUGACUUUGUUAAAAGAUUUGCUGAACAACAUGGCAAUCGUCGCAUUCAGUUACAGUAGGUUCAGUUACUUGCAUUCUUUAGAUGUGAGUAGUGAAUAUGUCUGCAACUGUACACAUAUGCACCAAAGCUGUUUGUUGGAUGGUUUAAUAGACUGCUGGUCAUAACCUUGUUACAACAAAAUUUGUAAUUUAGUUUUCGGUCCAUCCAAAUUUGUUAGUUUUGUUAAAAAAAGAAGAGAUACUUGGAUUUAAAGGGACUUUUCUUGCUUUACUUGCACUAAAAUUAUUGAAUUUGUUUUUAUGUCUCAUCCAAGAUAUUUGAAUACUUUAAAAUGUGAUUUUGUUGCUCUUUUUGCACUGAAUACUGUGAUUUAUUUUAUUCAUUUCGAAGACAUAUUUUGGUGAUUUAAAUGUGGUUUCUGUAUAUUUAUUAUGUGUUUUUGACUUAACGAUCCAUUGAGAUUUUGUAUCAAUGUGCAGUCUGCAUUGUUUGUCAUGCUUAGUAAAUUAAACUUGGCAUAGACUUUGCAUAAAACGCAUAGGUUUGCGUAAAACACAAUAAAGAGAAGUUAAAUAUACUGUAACAUCUCAUUUAAUUUAUCUGACUUUCCAAUCCAGAUAUCAGAUUCAAGUCAAUCACAAAUCAGCCUUUAUUUCAUUUUUAUAAAACAAUGUAAAAAUGUGGCCCUAGUGUAUACACUGAAUAAAGAAUAGCAUUCCUUGAAUCCACAAAAACCAUGCUAGGAUGCUUGCUUCAGUGUUGCCACCCCUCAUAAUUUUAAUGCCACCCCAUGAAUAAUUUUCUAGAUCCGGCCCUGCUUCUGGGUGUUCAUGCGGCACUUCCGCCACACCAGGAAGUGCUGCUGGAAGUAUGUUUAACAAACGUGUGUUUUGUAAGAAACUCCGAGGUUUCUCUUUGGUUCACUGAGUCACUUUUGCAGGUGUUACACCAUCUUCGAGACAGGAUAGUUGAGCUGGAGGGGAAGGAGAUCGGGCCACAGAAGAUGCUAUGAGAGUGGGCAGAGCAGCGUGGCGCUGGAAUCUCUGGCCGGAGCAUCGUGGUGGUGCAGAUUGGUGAUCCCGACCGUGAAGAGAAAAGGCGCUGCACAGAUCCAGUGGCAGGACGGUGCUCUCUGAAACGAACACAGACGGUGGCCACACAGAAAGUUCUUCAGAAGACAAAGCCAUGAAAUCUAAGCUGAUGCAGUUAGAAUGUUACUUCACAUGGGGCUUGGAAAAAGAAGCUGUAGAUCUCGACAAACUGGUUCAACGAUUGUUAGAUUCUAUACGACUGCCUAUUGAGAAAGUAAGAACUUUCAAUUUUUUGGCUUAUGUGAAAUAUUUGCAGGGAUGUAAUGAAGAUGCACUUGCUUAUCUUAAGCAAGCAGAAGAUUAUGCGAAGAAAGACCAUGAAGAUGAAUUUGAAAAAUGGCUGUUGGUUACGUAUGGCAACUAUGCCUGGCUAUAUUAUCACAUAGGAGACAUCAGUAAGGCUCAAGACGUCUUAUCACAGAUCGAAGACAUCUGCAAGAAGAUCCCAUCAGCUUCUCACUAUUCUGCUCCACUUUCCAUCAUGGAUGGAGAGAAAGGAUGGUGUUACUUCAAGUUUGCAAGGAAAUACUAUAAAGAAGCAAUAGUUUAUUUUCAGAAAGCUUCUGAGCAAGAGCCAGAAGACCCAGAAUGGAACAAAGGCUAUGCAAUGGCACUGUAUCGUACUGAGUCCUUUGACAUAAUUUCAAUGGAAGAAUCACUUGCCUUAAAACAACUAAAGCAUGCCAUGGAGUUGAAUCCAGAAGAUGCUCAUAUUGUAGUCCUCCUUGGUUUAAAGCUUAUAUAUUUGAAGCAGCGUGAUGAAGGAAUUAAACUCAUUGAGAAAGCUCUGACUCUUGACCCAGAUGAGCCGUAUGUAACUCGCUAUGUAGCAAAGGGGUUGCGAAAUACUGGAUGUGUCGAUGAAUCUAUUAAUCUCAUAAAAAGGGCUUUGGAAAAGACGCCCAAUUCUGCUUUUCUGCACCAUCAGAUUGGCCUCUGUUACAGGAACAAAAUAUUCAAAUUGCAACCUUGGCGAAGAAGAUCUUGUAUCGAGAUGGGCAUUCAGCAUCUGGAAAAAGCACUUGAGUUGAAUCAUUUCUUUUUUAAUGCACAACUGGGAUUGGCCAAGAUGUAUGCAUUGUCAAAAGACUUUCAAAAAGCUGAAGAAUUGUUCCAGAAAGCAUGUGAAAUGCAGAAUACCUGUGAAGAAGACAUUGCAAUGAAACAUCGGAAUUAUGGAGAUUUCCUCUUUAAAUACAAACAAUCUGAGGUUCUUGCAAUUAAGCAAUACAAAGCAGGCUUAUCAUGUACAAAAGAGACACAUGACAAAGAAAGAUGCCUACAGCAACUGGAAAGGAUUGCAGAGAGACGCAUUCACUGGUAUCCAAAAGACGGGGAAGCAUAUGGUCUUCUGGGCUUGGUUCAUCAACACAGAAAGCAAGAAAUGUUAGCAAUUGAGUGCUUUGAGAAAGCUUUGCUCUAUGACCUGGGAAACGAAGACUACCUAAGCGCUCUUUGUGAAUUGCGGCUCAAGCUGGAAUAAAAGUUAUUUUAUUCUGAAGGCAACUUCCUCCUGUGUGUGAAGUGAGCACAGUCUAUGAUAUUAUUUUCAUCAUAUAAUCAUUUGGAAAUGACUGUUCAAACAAAGGAAGUUGUAGAUCCAAUCUAGAAAACCCAUCAUCCAUUUGAUUUACAGUAGAUGCUUAGCUUUGAUGCGACAAAUGAGAUGUUCUUCAUUGUUACUAACUUUCUCAAAACUAACUGCACAUUUUUUGUGAUUUUUAUUGGACAAUUCUUAAGUAGACUGAAUGCUUUCUAACCUCCAUAUGCGCUCCAUAUACUGCAUAUAAUAAAACCCCGUUAAAGUAAAAGGCCGAAUUAAGUGAAAGGAUAUCCACUAUACAGUAUUAGAACAUGACUUUCUCUUUUUGUAGUUUCCAGACUCAGAGUGCCUUAUUUUUCAGUCAGACAAUCCCUGACUCUUGGAUAAACUGAAGAGUUGACACCUGCUUCACGGAUACCACUCUGGACUUCAGCAAGUUUGUUCAAAAGAUGGGUAGAUGGAUGGAUGAAAGGACUGAUGAUUACACCAUCUCUCAACCUUCACUCACACAUCAGAAUAAAAUAAUUACACAUACAGUAUCAAUUAAUACAUAGUGUAAAACUUAAAAUGCACUCUUUAACUAUUUAACAUGAACUUUUCUAUGUGUUUUGUAUGAUGUGUGCACAUUUCUUAUGUAGCAUUAAAGUUUGUACCCCACUUUACUUCAGCAACUUAUUGUUCUAUAAGAACUGCUAAAUACUAUUAAUAUAUAAGAACAUUCAUGAAUGGGCAUUGCUUUGCCUCACAAUUUAAUAAAUACUGAGAAAUGAACAUCUUACAGUUUAGACAAAUGAAGGUGACUGGGAAGCAACCUAUGCACAUACAACAGAUAAAUAAAAAGACAUCUUGCUCUGCAUGGGCUCCCCUGUGCCAGGGAGAAUAACUGACUAUAAGAGAGAGCAGUGAGCCUGAUUGCUUCCCAAAUUAACCAAUUCUCUGAACUUCCAUAUCUCUUUCUCUUGGAUGAUUUCCUUCACUUAUCUGUUAUUUCUGGUAGACAGCCAUGAUCCAUUGAAUUUUAUAUCCAAGCUUGUAAGUUCCAGGCAGUGUUGGCUGUCUUUACCCCAAAUCUGUUACAUAUUCUUAGUCCAGGUGUCCAAAACAAUUCCUCGACUGUGUGAAUGCUACACAGGUUGGUUGGACAUCCCGACUAGAGAAGGGGAUGGUUCCUUAUCCGGACAGGAGGUUUCUAACAGGCAGAUGGGCAUCCUGACUAAGAGAAAGGAAGGAGCCAGACCCAGAAGUGAUGAUCGGAGGUGAUGGAUGGACAGCCCACUGGAAGUGGAAGGUAUUGCUGGAGACUUUUUAUUCUCCCAUAACAUGAGAUGGAAGCAGCCUGUAUUAG